GAUUACAGAAAAAGUCGAAGAAGAGGAUGGAAAGCAAAAAUAUCAAAGGUCUACUGAAUCUGAAACGAUCUGGCCGGAAAAGGUCAUCUAAUGGGGACUGGUGCUCUGUAGCUCUAUGUGCUGGCUUUGGAAGGAUCCUCCUUGGAAUGGUAACCACAGACUGCAACCUCUUAGGUUGUUUCCUCGGAGACCUUCUGCGGGGAACUGGCUGCUCUGGCAGGGAAGAUUCUGGAGCGGUCUGCAAAGUAGCUGCGACAGGGGAUGGAGGAGGUGGCAAGGAGGAGCUGGAGGACGGCAGCGACAGUGGUGGCAAGGAUGUCAUGGAGCUGAGGGACGGCAGCGACUAUGAUGGAAAGGAUGGCAGCAACGAAGAUGGCAUCGACAGUGGUGGAAAGGAGGACAGGGAGCCAGAGGAUGAGAGCGACGAGGAUGGCACGGAUGACGUGGAAGUAGGAAGACUCUUGGCUGGCCUCUUCUUCGAUUCCCAAUGUACGAUCGACUCUGCUACCGUCAAGGAUCGCAGCAUCUCCUGCAGGACCUUGGAAUUGUCUCUCACUGUCAUGAAGCCCGACCCCUCAGCGUCGGCCGUCUCUCCUGCCCUCAGCUUAUGUUCAAGGUACCACUUGGUGUGCUUCAGAAACUUCGCCUUCUGGACUGCCGCAGAGUCACAAAGCGUACAAUGA